AAACAAAAACAUAAUUUAAAUAUGGAAAAGGAAUGUAAGUCAGAUAUGGAAAAUGAAAGUGAACAGUCUUUUGAAGAGAUGGCAAGUUCUAAAGAGGAAGAAAUUCCAUUAAUUUGCGCAAAGACAUUUUAUCCGACAAAUACAAUGACUGAAGCAUUAAAUGAAUGGUUAGACCAUAAGAUUAUUAUUUGGGGUACGCCGAUAACUGAAAUUCUUGAACAUGGCAAUUUAUGCAUUAAAGUUGCUCAGGCAACUGGGAUCUUUUCUGUUCUUUUGUUAGGAUUACCAAAGAGUGGAAAAACAACGCUUGCCGCACAAAUUGCAAAGAAUUCAAAUUUCCCAUUUGUUAAAGUUAUUACACCUGAAGACAUAAUCAGUCUUGAUGAAUUUGACAAUGAAUCUGCAAUAUGUCGUUUUAUACGGAAGGUGUUCGACGAAGCAUAUUGUUCGAUGUUCAGCUGCAUUUUAAUUGAUAAUAUUGAACGUCUACUGAGUUACUGUCCAAUUAAAUCAAAGUAUUCUAUUCUGAUAUUACAAACACUUUUGGUGUUAUUAGAGAAAUCGCCACCGCCUGGUCAUCAACUAUUGAUUUUGUGCACUUCUAGUUGCCAACAAUUUUUAAACAAUGUGGAAUUAAUUUUAACAUUUAAUACCGUUCUUUAUGUGCCUAAUUUAUCAACCAUUGAUCAUAUGUUAAACGUGUUGGAUGAAGUUAAUCUCUUUUCAAAACAUAAAAUGGUUUCCUUUCGAGCAAAGCUUCAAGGAAAACAACGAAUAUUCAUUGGUAUUAAGAAAUUACUUCGCCUAAUAGACAUAGUACGUCAAGUGGAACCAAGUGACAGAGUCGAAGAAUUUUUUACAAAACUGGUGGAAGAAGGCGGUCUACAGUAA